AAAUUAGGGUUUUUCUUCUCCCCCUCUCACAAAACCAAGCAACAGUAAUUCAGAUCACAGCAGAAGGAUAAAACAUGGUAGGUUUCGAAGUCGGCUCGGUGCCAUUCAAUCCCGAUGGCUGGGGUCCGCCGGAUUCCGCCGCCGCCACGCUCUCCCUCCCCAAUCAGCCAUCCAACGUCCCCUUCGCCCCGUUCUCCCGCUCCGAGAAGAUCGGCCGCAUCGCCGACUGGACCAGGAACUUCUCCAAUCAGGGGAGGCCCGGUUCCAAGCACGGCGCUCACCACCAAUCCGAUUCCGCCUUCGAUUUCUCCGGCGACGACUCCUUCGCAAGCCUAGCCGCCGACGAUGACUCCUCGUUCCGCCUCGUGGACACCUCCGCCAAAUCUCACCACCACAACCCUAACCGCCCCAAAUUCAACCCUAGGUGGAGGUUCAACUCCUACAACAACGCCCGCUCUCAGCUCCCGCAGCGCCGCGACGAGGAGGUCGAGGCCAAAAAGCGCGACGCCGAGAAGGAGCGCGCCCGCCGCGACAGGAUGUACAACAACCGCUCGCAGAUGCCCCAGCGCCGCGAAUCUUCUGUUUUCAAGUCCUCCGUCGACAUUCAGCCUGAAUGGAAUAUGCUGGAUCAGAUUCCAUUCUCCACCUUUUCGAAACUAUCCUUUUCGGUUCCCGAACCAGAAGAUCUGCUUAUCUGCGGAGGGCUCGAGUUCUACGACAGGGCUUACGAUCGGAUUACACCGAAGAACUGCCGUCCACUGGAGCGUUUCAAGAACCGGAAUUUCUUCAAAGUCACAACCACUGACGACCCCGUUAUUCGUCGUUUGGCGAAUGAGGAUAAAGCCACAGUCUUUGCCACAGAUUCAAUUUUGUCGACUCUAAUGUGCGCCUCUAGAUCCGUUUACUCAUGGGACAUUGUGGUUCAGCGCGUGGGGAACAAGUUGUUCUUCGAUAAGCGAGACGGGUCCCAAUUGGAUUUGCUCGCUGUCCACGAGACUUCACAGGAGCCUUUGCCUGAUCUUAAGGACGACAUUAACUCUAUACACUCGUUGAGCGUCGAAGCUGCUUACAUUAACCAGAACUUUUCGCAGCAGGUUUUGAUUAGGGAUGGUAACAAAGUCACCUUUGACGAGUCCAACCCGUUUGCUAGUGAAGGAGAGGAGGUUGCCCCAGUUGGCUAUCGUUAUAGAAGGUGGAAAUUGGAUAAUGAAAUGUAUCUCGUCUCACGGUGUGAAGUGCAGAGUGUGGUGGAUAUUAAUAACCAGAGGUCGUUUUUGACGCUCAAUGCUUUGAACGAGUUCGAUUCCAAGUAUUCCGGCGUCGACUGGAGGCAGAAGCUGGAGACACAACGAGGUGCUGUAUUGGCAACUGAAUUGAAGAACAACGCGAAUAAGUUGGCGAAAUGGACCGCACAGGCUCUCUUGGCCGGAGCUGAUAUGAUGAAGCUGGGAUAUGUUUCUAGGGUUCACCCAAGGGAUCAUUUCAAUCAUGUGAUAUUGGCUGUUGUGGGGUACAAGCCGAAGGAUUUUGCCACACAGAUCAAUCUCAACACUUCUAAUAUGUGGGGUAUAGUGAAGAGUAUUGUGGACUUGUGCAUGAAAUUGGAUGAAGGAAAGUAUGUGCUUGUUAAGGAUCCAACGAAGCCGCAGGUGAGAAUAUAUGAUGUCCCACAGGAUGCAUUUGAUAAUGAUUACGUGGAAGAGCCUUUGCCGGAGGAUGAACAGGCUCAGCCUCCUGCUGAGGAUGUAGAUGGUGAGCUGGCAAAUGCGAUAACAAACGAUGUUGAAGCCAAGGAGAUAAUAGAAGAAGUUGCUUAAGGGGCUACAAGUUUUAGGAGUAUCUUCAGCUUUCGUUUUUGCCCUUUUGAGACGUGGGAGAAGAGGAACAAGAGAAAGCCGAGCCGAAUCUUUUAACUGUUUCUUUUUCUUUGGUAUUUAUCCUCAUAUACUCCUCUACUUAAAUCUUUGAUAGCUGUAAACAUAUUGUCUCUUCUCAGGAUUUAAUCCUCCACUGUGGGAUAUGAGGUUUCUUAGGUUUUUACCUGCCUUGAUGUUAUGUUGUUGGAUUGAAAAUUUUGACUUUAUUGUCUCUAUUUUGACUUUGAGAUGUUUUGCUUAUGUUAAUGUUGAGAUUUCAGCUUUGUUUCA